AUCGGAGCUUGUUAGAUUGGAUUUUGGAAAGAGUAUAAUCAAUGUAAACCCACGUGAAGCGACCAUGACUUUGAUUGUAAAUCAGCCCCCAUCGGCUGGCCACUUCAACAGCUGCUUUCGGCCGAAACGAGCCCCCAAAUAAAAUAUGGAGAGCGCUCUAUUGAUAAGUCUGUAUCACUCUCGUUGUCAGCUGAUUUGCCGCUGGAGAUCUCGGGCGUCAGAAAUAAUAAAACCCGCUCCGGGGCAGAAGAAGAAACGGCAAAAGCCCAAGCGUUUUGCGUUCGCGCCGCAUUUGAACUUCAAACGCGAGAAAAGUAGCACAGUGCGAACAGAUACGCGGAUGCGUGGCGAUUAAACGGCGAAGCGUGGAAAACAUGAAAUUUUGAUUAUGUAUUAGCAUGGGCGCAAAUGGCAUACCCAAAACAAUUCGAUCUGAACGAAGCCGGUCGUGACAAUGGAAUAUUCUGAAUGAAAACAGCUCGCAACUCGGAUAAACAGUCUUAAAAUAAAUAUUUAAAAAUACCUGAAAAUUAGCAUGGCAAGCAGAGUGUUUCAAAAAUGUUCGGCGAAAUGUUUUUGGCUGUUUUGCAUGGUCGUCAUAAGACUGAGCCAUGGAGUCACGGAUGAGAGCUAUGAGACGACCACUGCGCUGGCCAUCAUCACCACCAAAAUCAUUCCCAUGCCCGCUUUAUCGAGCAGCUGCUUGGAUUGGUCAUCUGCUCCGGAGGCGGCGGGCGGAAACUGCUCGAGAUUAUCCCGGAAUGGUACUCUGAAGUGCUAUGGCGGAAUGAACAACCUGGCGGCUCUUAACCACUCAGGAAAGUUGAGCAGAGUGCAGCCAGCGCUGGAUAUGCUCCUCUGCGGCUGGCCAAAGGAUGGUUUCAAUCAUCUGAGGGACCUCCAAAAGCUGCCCCGCCUGCGAUCCCUGACCAUUGAAUACAGUGGCUUCACCGAGUUCAAGUUCGACUUCCCUGAAAUGUCGGAUUUGCAGACUAUCAAUAUUUCCUGGACGAAUCUCACUUACAUAUCAUCCAGAACCUUUAAGCGAGUGCAUCCCCUCAAGGUUUUGGACCUGCGAUGGAACCAACUGAUCCAACUAGAUGGUCCUUUGUUGCUACCCCGCAAUUUCGAGCAACUCUAUCUGGCGGGGAAUCCGUGGAACUGUACAAGGAACUUCAAGUGGAUGCUUUUGCAGCCGGAGAAGGGAAGACUGGUGGUGGAUCGAGAUGAGCUUAUAUGCAUGGAUCGAAAGUAUAAAGAGCGUCAGAUGCUUCUGGUUAUGCAUUUUAAAUUGGAACUGAAGAAGCAGUGCCAAUCCCACGAGGAUCUGAGGAACUGCAGCUGCCUGAUGCAUCACAUCUUGCCCAAGACUCACAUUCCACUCUAUACGGUAAACUGUUCCCAUCUACAAUUCCAUCGCCUGCCUGCUUUUUUACCCGAUAACACCACCACCCUCAUCAUCAAUGAUAAUAUGAUCACUGACAUAAACCCUCUCCGGGACAAUCCCCACUACCGCCACGUGGUGGACAUGCAGCUGGAGAACAACCAGAUCUCCAACGUGGACAACCUGGAGGACACUUUUUGGCUGCAGAACUUCCGCCUGCUCAAUCUGCGUGGCAACAAUCUCCGCAAGCUGCACGUCUACGCCUUUGACAAUGCCCUCGAUGACAACGAGAACGCCAAUCUAUUACUGCUCAGUCGGAAUCCCUGGCACUGCACCUGCAAAUUUGGCAGCAGGAUGCGUGAGCUGCUGACCAAGUACAAGGAUCUCGUGCGGGAUGCCUGGAACGUGAGCUGCACCUACCGCCUGGACGAUGAUCAGCUGCUGGCCAAAGUGCUCACCCUCAGUCGGCAGGAGAUGUGCAAUAUCAGCGUGGAAAGUGACUCCCACAUCCAUCCCAUCGAUUGGCUGAAUGGAGUCCUGGCCAGCCUUAUUCUCUUCAUCCUGGGCAAGCUUGCCUACGAUUACUACUAUUACAAGUAUUAUGGUCGAGUUCCUUGGAUUGUGAUGAAAAUGCCUUAGUCCUAGCCUUAAUCUUAAGUUAGGAGACUCCAACUCGAAAGUAUUUCUCAGACAUAGACAACGGUUUGUCUGUUUAUUCUUGAAAAUCUACAAAAACAAUACCUGUCUUUGUUUCAUAUAUGAAUAUUUAUAUAUAAAUAAUGUCGUUUAGGUAUUUAUGUAUCUUGUAUUUAUGUAUAUUUAAGCUAAGUCAACGCAAAACUCUCAAAAUAGUUGUUUGCUUUCACACCAGUGCACUGUUUAAACUGUUUUGUAUGGUUAAAAACAUUCGUUCUCACGUUCCUUAAUAUUCGACGGGUUUUAGCAUUUGACCUGUAUUUAAAAUUGGCACGAAGCGCUUUAUAUAUUUGAUACUGAGAAACAGCUACGAUAAGUAUUUGUUUUGCUUUUGGACAGAACGGAAAUUGUGUGAACUUUAAGUUAGUUACAAAUAAUUCCACCUAAACGAAUCUAACUUUGUAUUAUAUUUACAAUUAAAACCUCUCGAUUUAAUUUCUUUGGCUUACGAAAUCAGUGCAAAAUGUCGUAUCUCUUCGGUCAAAGCAAAUGCAAAAUAAUUAAAAUAAUUGUAUAGGUUACAAGCUUAUAAAUUAAACAACAGUGCUGGACAUUGUAAACAAA